UAAACCAUAUAGUCCAGUUUCAGUGUCUGUAUCAGUACCAAUUUGUCUAGGCGGAGAGAGAGAUAGAGAGUUAACAGAGAGAAAUAUGGCUUCAACAUCUGCUGCAUUGGUGAAUGGAUUGGGCUCUUCUGCAUUCUUGAAUGGUGGCAAGAACGCCCAGAUUUUGUUGUCUGCGCCAAUUGCAGCUAGAACUGCAGUGUCUCCUAAGAGGUUUGCUGUGGCUGCUGCUGCUGCUCCUAAGAAGUCUUGGAUUCCUGGUGUUAGAGGUGGUGGCAACUUCAUCGACCCCGAGUGGCUCGAUGGAUCGCUCCCUGGUGACUACGGUUUCGACCCGCUAGGUCUUGGAAAGGAUCCAGCAUUCUUGAAAUGGUACAGAGAAGCCGAGCUGAUCCACGGCAGAUGGGCAAUGGUUGCAGUCGUUGGCAUCUUCGUUGGCCAAGCUUGGAGUGGCAUCCCCUGGUUCGAAGCUGGCGCUGCACCUGGUGCUGUUGCGCCCUUCUCUUUCGGCUCUCUCCUCGGCACCCAACUCCUCCUCAUGGGUUGGGUCGAGAGCAAAAGAUGGGUCGACUUCUUCAACCCGGAAUCUCAAUCUGUCGAGUGGGCUACUCCAUGGUCGAGAACUGCAGAAAACUUCGCCAAUGCAACCGGCGAACAAGGCUAUCCCGGAGGCAAAUUCUUUGAUCCUUUGGGCUUUGCCGGUACACUCAAGAAUGGAGUUUAUAUCCCUGACACGGAGAAGCUUGAGAGAUUGAAACUUGCAGAAAUUAAACAUGCAAGACUUGCUAUGGUGGCUAUGCUUAUAUUCUACUUUGAAGCUGGCCAAGGGAAGACACCCCUUGGAGCUCUUGGAUUGUAAGGAAUCUUGAUUUAAGAAAUAAAUUCAAUGUAGAGAGAAUUCAAAUUGUUUCCACUUAUCUUUGGCUUUGUAAAAUUAAUGAUCAAAUAAUAAUAUAAAUAUAUAAUAGUUGAGAUAACA